AUGGUGGAGAAGGGUGGGGUAUUCCUCGCCAUGUACCAGCGGGAAGUAAUGUGGUUGAAUUUCACAAGCCGGAAAUGGUUCGCUAUCCGGAUAUUCGUCGGUGGCGGUAUCACUGGCGAACCCAUGGUUCCGGACAUGCCAUGGUUAGACGGUAUUGCAACUGGUUCGGGUAUGGUGAAGCAGUUUGUCACUGUCCCUCAUGGAUCGGGUUAUUCGAUCGAACACCAGAUUACAGGAUCAGAGACGACAGGCGGGAUUCGGCUCGAGGUAAUACCAACAGAAUUCGAGGGAAGAGAUAUCUAUUGUACUCCUUGCGAACGUGGACUUUCCUUCGGCUCUGAAAUCACGAUGAUCAACCUGAACGUGCCUCCGCCUAGGGACCCUUUUGGGAACAUGGAGAUUUUAUUCGCUAACGGGCGUAUGAAGAUUUUUAUCCAAAUCCCGGCGGGGGAGACAAUAGUUGUCUGGGCAGCAAGUUCCGACACUAUCGAAGAUAUCAAAUCCCAGAUUCAUGACAAGGAAUGUACUCCGCCACACCUGCAGUGCCUAAUCUUCCGCGGAACACGGCUUGAAGACGACGAGAUACUUUUUGACUGCAACAGGGAUCAACCCUCCAAUUAUUCUUGGAACGGUUAG